GCUGGGACUGACGGAUCUACUUGAUUUGAUUCCAACAAUUUCAUUGCAUACCAGUGUUUUCUUUCUUUCUACAAAUAUAUUCAUCAUUUUCAACCUUCAUUAAUCAAUCUCUAAAGAAAAUGAUCACCAAUUCCAUCCUGAAAAGAACCCUAAGUUCAAUAAAACCUAAUCAGACCCUCCGAUCCAUAUCCACCGCCGCCCAAACCCAACCCGAAUCCACCUUCACAUUCUCAUCAAACCAGACCAACGAUGAUAAUAUCUACAUCAAAUCACACAAACCAGCUCCUUCCACAUCAGUCACUAUGCCCAUGUCUUUCAUGACUGGUUCAAUUGUCGGUAAAAGAUUUUACAAAAAAGUUACCACUAGACUUUCUGACGACGGUAAUUAUUGGUCAGUAAUGCUUGAUUAUAGAACACUUAAAACCCCUUCUAAAAACCCACUUAAAUGCCCCUCUCUCCUUCUUGCUCAAGCCAUUGCUGCUGAAUGGGAAUAUCAGCUACCUGAUGGAAUAAGGCCAUUUACUAUGCCUUUAAUGAAACUUGCAUGUACUGCUUUGGAGAGAGUUCCUCUUACUAGACCGAAAAUUAUCGAUCAUUUGAUGCAAAGGUUUAAUCAAGAUUUGGUCUUUUGUCGUGCCCCGGAUGAUAAUGUUUUAACUAAGGAUGUCCAUGAACUACAAGUGAAGAAAAUUGAUCCCCUGCUUAAGUGGGUAGAAUCCGAGUUUGGCUAUAAGCCUGUUGUAUAUUCCAGUUUUUUCGGGGGGAAGCAGGAAGAUGGUCUUACAAAGGCAGUAGAAAACCUUCUUAAGCAAACCAAUGAUUGUGAACUGGCAGCAAUUGAUGCACUUGCUUCUGCUUCACACUCCUUGAUAAUCUCCAUCGGGAUUUUUCGUGGCAGACUACAGAUUGAUGAAGCAAUUGAAUUGAUUAGACUCGAAGAAGAGAUUCAGGUCGAGAAGUGGGGUUUGGUAGAAGGUGGUCAUGAUCUUGAUGUGGCAGACCUUAAGGUGCAAAUCUCGUCUGCUGCUGUUUUUCUUGGACUCACAAAAAGGGUUGCAAGUGGUGUGUAGAUUUACCAUAUUGCCUUCAGCUUCACUUUGACAUUGUUGUUUUACUAUUAUUAGCCUUUCUUCAUAGGCAUUAAAGUUGAGAAUCGAGUAAUAAGAGAUGAACAAGUAGAAUCAUAUCAUCAAUAUAUAACAAUUUUGUUGCA